CGUUUGCGCCCGCCCACUUUUUCCAGCUCCACUGAGCCUAUUAUGGCUGACGAUUGGCUCCGGUCAGUCAACAAGAACUUGGUCACCAUCAACUGCACUGACGAAGAGAAAGUGCGAUUCGCAGCUCAUUUGCUAGAAGGACCCGCAGCGUCAUGGUGGGAAAAUUUUCAGAUCACCACCCCCAUCGAGGAUGUCACCUGGGACAUGUUCCAGGAAGCCUUCCGCACUACCCACAUCUCUGCGGGAGUGCUCAGCCUGAAAAAGAAAGAGUUCCACAGGCUACGACAAGGAAGCCGCUCUGUGUCGGAGUACAUAGAAGUAUUCAACCAGCUGUCCCGCUAUGCACCGGACGAUGUGAACACCGACGCCAAGCGCAGAGAGAAGUUCUUGGAUGGUCUGAACGACGAGCUGUCAGUUCAACUUGCUAUUGCUUACACCCCGACCUACCAGUCCUUGAUCGACAAGGCCAUUAUUUUGGAAAGAACGGGAACCAGGGCAACCACCGCAGUGGAAGUAAUAGCCACCACCACCGCCAGGGGAGCCAAGGACACCACCAUCAGGGUAGCAAUGUGA